GGCUCGCUCGCGAAUAUGAUGUACGUAAAUGUUCUUUGGAGUUAUAUAAAGGGCCAAUCUCGCAAGAGAUGAAUAGUAAGAUCUUAGAUGGAUGAGAUAUAUAAUGAUUUUAUUCCCGUCAUGCGCGAAAACCCCCUUCGUUUGUGAAAAUAAGUCUUACAUACCAAGACAGCCACUGCUAGCAGUACCAAGAGUAAAGUCGACAGUUCUAUUCAAACACAAGAAUUAUAACUAGCACAUUAAGGCAAAUAUGAGCACCCACAACAACGAAGAAGAAAUCCUAGUCACAAGUCGCAAUAAAGCGCCUUCGAUCAUCAAUGUUAAUUCGCGUAACGAAAGAAUAUUCGCUCAAUUACCCGAUAUGAUACAAGAAGCUCUUGUUUCCACCGAAUGUAAGUUCAUCUCCUCAAGUAUCCGCUUCUCGAAAUCCAGGAACCCCAUAAAAUUAAUCAAAUCCAUAGUUUCCGCACCGAAUUUAAAAAUCACCCGUGUACACAAUGCGCGCACUAUAGACUCCGGAUUCAUGACACAGCCAAUAUUCUACAUAACGCGCAACCAUGAUUCGGGAAUCAGCAUGCCAGAUAUCAACGUAACAGACGAGAAUAUACUCUCGAAAUUCGGCACCGAAUUAACGGCCAAUUUCGCGGAUAUCAAAGCGCAUGGCUCAGCUGCUUUUUUCCAAAAGGAUAACUUGAGUGAUGGGGCUACGUAUUCGCUGUGUGCGUGUGCGACGGGUUAUAUAUGGGUGUACAUAUCUCCGAGUAAUAUUGUGGAUGAGGGGGAGGCUGCAGAUGAGGGAUGGGGGGAAUUUUCCCAGGUGGAUAUACAGAUUGGGACAUUUGCGUUGCGGAAACGCGCAAUUACUACGAUUGAGAUACCGUGUUAUUAUCGCACUGGAAAGGUAUUGGCGCAUAUGAAUGGGGGCUUGGCAUUGUUGUGUUCGACGGUUCUUGCGAAGUAUUUGAGAUUUAGGAUGGUGGGGUGUCAGUAUGAAUAUGCGACUGAGACGGCCAUUAAGGAGACGCGGAAAGAACUGGCGCAUUUACGGGUCGUGGAUCCGGGGAUUUUUAGGGGAUUAGAGAAUAUGUUGAGGGAAAUUUGUACGAAUGCACCUAUGCCGCCAACGAGCGUGGUGAGUCUUAUUUCGAGGAGUAUGAUUAGGGGACGGUGGGAGGUUUGGGGGAAUAGAAAGGUUUUGAGGAGGAAAUAUUCUUUGCCUGGGAGAGUUAUGCAGAGUUUUGGAAAGGGGAAUCUUGAUCCCAUUGAUUUAUUGAGUGAGAGCUAUAAGGUUUUGAGGAUGGAAAAGAAGAGAAGGACUACUGGUGAUGCGUGCAUUCCAUGACAUGACACCCUCCACGCAUGAAAAGAAAAAUGAGGUGUUUAAGAGACGGGGAUCAUUAUGCGGUCAAUGUCUGGUGCUGCAUCAUAUAUUAGCACAGGUAGACGUAUUGGCGUACUAGUAACGAAUAAUGAGAUAUGAAUAAUGAACAUCGUAGACUUACCCCAUCCAGAAUUAUACGAC